AUGCAUAAUUUUCUGUUCGAAAAUAGACUAUCAACUUACUCAACCUUUAGUCCUUUCGGUUCUACCAAAAACUCUAAACCAGGCAUAAUAACAAAGAUAAAAAACAAGAUUUAGGAUUUAUUCCUACCCUCAAUUAACCCAUCAAGUACAAUUUAACGGAUACAAUACUAUAAUGAAUUAAAUUUAGAAAAAGAACUAUCUCAUUAAUUUAAAAAUAAACUUGCAAUUGUAGAUCACCUUCUACCUAAAAAAGAGGAAAAUAUAACUUUAAAGCGAAAGUCCCUCUAUACCUUUGAUGAAUAACGCGAGGAAGUUGUCUAAAACGAAAAUUAAAUAUCAAAAGAAGCCUAAAGCAAUAGUGUCAACAGAAAAAUAGAUUAGUCACCUUAAGUUAACGAAACCAAGAAAUAAAAGAAGUUUAAAAAAAAUCAUGCUAAAAUUGAAAAACCUAGAAAAAUGGAAGCAGACUAAUAAUAGAGAGACUAUGAUUUUAAUAAAAAAUCUUAGAAUUAAAAUAUUGAAUCAAAUUAAGAAAAUUCCUCGGGUUACAUAUCAAAUUAUUAAACAUAAAACAAUGAUUGUUUCAAAGACUGUAUCAAAUCUGCAACUCCAUAUAAGAAAUAAAAAGGAUUGACAAAUGAAUAAAUGGAUAAAAAAAAUUAAGUUGAAAUUUAAUCUUUUAAAUAAGAUCAAAAAUUUGAUUCCCAAUAGAUGCAUGAUUUAAAACAGUAAAUCUAAGAAACUCAAAAUGGUAAUUCCAUCGUUGGCGUCAAAUAAAUUAUUUAAGAAAAUGAAUUAUUUUCAAGUUCUACUGGUACUAAUACAAAAGGAGAAAUUAUGGAGUCCUUAUUGAGAAUUGAACAUAUUUUUUAUUCUCAAAAGUCUGAUUCCGAGAUGUUAGAGGAGAAACGCUCGAAUCAUAGCUAACUUGAAAUUUAGAAUAAACUAUUUUCUUACUUUCACUCAGAUCUUGAAGAACGAAUUGAUUUUGAUAAAAAAGCCGAAUUAGAAUAAAAUAGAAAUCCAAAUGAUGUCAAAAGUACUAAAAGUAUUAAUUAAAAUUAGACAGUCCUAGAAACAUAGUAAUAAUAAUAAUAAUAAGUUAAAAAAUAAAGAAAUUUAAUAUUAGAUUCAGUAAUUAUAAACUUAUAAAUUCAAUGCAGUCGUUAGAAAUAAAUUGACUGUAAGGAAGAGCAAUAAAAAGUGAUUUCUCAAUAGUCAGAUUAAUAAAAAUUAAAUUAAGUUAUUUAAGAGGAUAGUAUCAUUAAUCAUAGUUAUGAGAAAAUUUAGAUAUCCAAUAAACAAGAAUUGAAAUUGCAAUAUAAUACCAUCAAAUAGGAAGAAAUUUCAUAAUAAACAUAAGUUGAAAAAAAAGUCCAGCAUGGAUAACUUCAAAAAUAACUAGAUGAAAAACUUGAGACUCCUCUAACUUAAAAUUAAUUGUCAACUAUUAAUUAAGAAGGCACUCCAAAAACUCCAAAGAUUACUUAAGAGAUUGAUCAAUAGAAACAAUUAGAUGCAAAAUAAGAUUAAAUGUAAAAGCAAAACAAUCCAUUUUUAGAUACAAGUUCUCAUAUCAGCUCAGAUUAAGUAAGUUAAUAUUUUUUGUAAGGUUUUUUAACAGGAAAUUCUUAAUUUCCUUUACAAUAGUAACAAUGUACAAGAAAUCAAAAUUUUUUAGAUUUAUUUAAGGUUUAGACCAAUAAUUAACUUUUCAAUUUCAAUGUCCCUUUACAAAAUCAAGGAUAUCAAACUUAAAACAUAAAUAACUCAUAAAAUAUAGCUUAAAAGAAUGAUUCAAGCUUGGUUUAUAAGCAAAUGGAAAUCAUUGAUCAAAUACCAUUCUCAGAAUAAUUCAAUGUAACUUAACAAAACAAUUAUCAUCAAACAAUAUCCAAUUAUUUUACACCGAAUUUUGAAUAAAAAUAUUGCCAACCUGCCACCUAUUAGUAAUCUCAAUCAAGUAAUGAGUUGAUUAGUUACUAAGCACCUAUAUAGCAAUAGAGCCUGUUUCCAUAAAUGCAGUAAUCUUCUUAUCAAAUAUCAAGCAUUAAUUUAUUUUAAUCAAAUUCCCCUUAGCCAAGCACCAAUAUGAAUUGUUGCUAAGAAGAAGGAUGUACUUUCAUUAUUUCAAGAUACAAGUAUGAAGUAGGAUUAAAGUAAUAAAUAAAACAUAAAUUUAGAUUUAUUUGUUAUUGA